UGUGUUUCAAAUCUUGUGUCGUCUCUCCGAUCCAGUUGCAGGAGGAGUAUUGAUUUGAGGUUUGCCACAUAGUUCUAGAACCAUGAAGCUAGUGACCUUCGUGUUUGCUGCCUUGGUGUGCUGUUCCAUGACAUUGGGCGACACUACACCCCGCCGGGAUGCAGAAUAUCCACCGCCCGAGUUGCUGGAGGCACUGAAACCACUGCACGAUAUUUGCCUCGGAAAGACGGGUGUUACUGAGGAAGCGAUCAAGAAGUUCAGCGACGAGGAGAUCCACGAGGACGAAAAGCUCAAAUGCUACAUGAACUGUCUCUUCCACGAGGCCAAGGUGGUGGACGACAAUGGGGACGUGCAUCUGGAGAAGCUGCACGAUUCGCUCCCGAGCUCGAUGCACGACAUCGCGAUGCACAUGGGCAAGCGGUGCCUCUAUCCCGAGGGUGAAACACUCUGCGACAAGGCGUUCUGGCUGCACAAGUGCUGGAAGCAGUCCGAUCCGAAGCACUAUUUCUUGGUGUAAAAAACUCAAGAAACGGAUCGUCCGACCACCGGCUAAAGGAAUGUACGAUCAAACGAUCCACACCUUUCCCCCGACAAAGGAUAAUUCUUUUACCGUGGAUCCUCGUGCGGACGCCAGCACGGACCGUCUCGUGGUCUGGAAUAGUAAUUAACCCAUUUCGCUUGCAUUCUGCACUGCACGUAGUUUCCCAACCCAACCUGUGACUAACCAACUUUAACGCAACCAUUUGACGACGUGUCGCUCCCGCUAUCCCGACCGCGGGCCGCGUCACUCACGGCGAAAGGGCCGAAAUGGUGCGAAUGAAUGAAAUUCAAAAUUUAAACUACCCAAACUUCCACAGCUCAAAGCGCCCACUAACCCUUCUUGCUUCGUGUCUGCGAACAGGAACUCUGGAACUGCAGCUUACAAAAAAAAUUGUAUAAAAAAAAAAGAAAUAAAACUUGAAAACUGCA